CCCACCCAACGACAGACCCUGAUUUCGUCCCCAACUACCGGCGCCGUCGGCGGUGGCUUCUCCAGCUGGGCGCCUCGGAGUUUCCGACGCCGUCCACCUCACUGUCGAGCAUGUCCUCACCCGCGCCGGUUCCGGCCUCGCCGGGAUCCUCCUCUCAGAGAAAACGAGGUUCAACAGAAUCAAUUGGCUUGUAUGCAGUCCAGUGUUGUGAAUGUUAUAAAUGGCGUACGAUUCCAACAAAAGAUGAAUUUGAGACAAUUCGUGAGAACUUCACUGCUGAUCCAUGGUUCUGCAGUAAAAGACCUGACUGCUCAUGCAAAGACCCUGCAGACAUUGAGUAUGACAGCAGCCGCAUCUGGGUUAUCGACAAGCCCAACAUACCAAAGCCUCCACCCAACACAGAGAGACUAGUGAUUAUGAGAGGUGAUCUCACUAAAACUGAUAUCUACUAUGUCCUGCCAAAUGGGAAGCGUGCAAAGGGAACAGGGGAUGUGCAGAAGUUUCUCGAUGCAAAUCCAGAGUACAAAGACAGCUUAUCACUUGAAAGCUUCAGUUUUACAAUGCCCAAGAUUGUUGAGGAGACUGUUUCCAAUAGCUCUGCGUGGAAAACUAAAAAGACUAAAAAGCAGGACAAGGCAAAUGCUUCAAGCAGCAAGAACUAACUGCGACAGCAAAUACAAAACAGUUUGUGCCUGCUUGGAUGAUCCUACCUCAUGUACCUUGAAGGUAGUCAAGUUGGUUUUCUCUCCGUGAUGUUACUUCUUUUAGGAUCCGUGAAGUUACUCUGAGCACUAAAAUGCACUGAAUCUCUUCGUCUUUAUAUAUGCACCAACUUGGGGUAAAAUUCUGAGAUGCU